UGGGAUUUACACACAAAUGACUUCAGUUCCCAAUCCCGGCCAUAAGUAUUGACCAAUCACAGAGAUAGUAUCUGAGGCUCAUUUUCAUAAAUUUCGUUUAAACGACGGAGCACGUACUCCAUAUCCAAUAUUGGCAUUCCGGAAUACAAGAGAGAGGAUGAUCGCAGUACUGAUAACAAAUGUCGUAACGUCUUAGGAAUUAGUCACCACUGUAGGGGUAAUCAACAAGAUACUGUUACAAAUUGGCAGGGACGAGGAAACUAUAUAAUCUGAGGUACCCACAGAUAGGAUUCAUCUCCGGUCAACAAAUUAUCCCAACACCUAAUUACGGCAUCGGAAGGAUGACGGGCGUGACACCGUCAUUAUCAACCCCGGUCAGAUGUUGCGAGCAAGGAGGGCUUAUUAGCAGAAAGUUGACAUUAGCGAUGAGAAAUUCACUGCUGCGAGUGCCAUCAUAGGUUCACAAAGAAGUGUGACUUUCAAACAGAACAAAAGCAUCAUCAUUAAUGCUUCAGUGACAAAAUUAAAAGCAUAAACACAGUGACGUUACUGGGAAUGAUUGGAUCAAGUGGUAAACCAUGACAACAUAAUUUGAUAUGACAGGUAUAUUGAUUUAAACGAAGUGUCCCAAUCAGCCUGGCUGCCCAAAAUCCCACUGGUAAACAAAUGCUUGGUAAAAAACCAGCCGCAAAUGGAAUUCAAGUAGUGACUCAUUAUGCAACAAAACGAUUUCACAGGCAGACAACUUUCAACCAGACACUAGUGGUCAAUCAUUCAGGACAGAUGGAAUGGCAUCGUUUCUGAGCUCAGUGCUUGAUGAGGCAUAAUAUCACCUUUUUCACAAAAAGGAUUAACAAGUUGACUUCUCCGGUCUGAAAUCCUGAUUCUGAUUCGUUGUCAAGAUGCUACAGGAUUGCACUAAAAACAAAGCAAUGUGCAUGGAAAAACCAAAGCAAAGCCAUGUUGGAAAAAAGGACAUCAAACCAGGGAGCUGCAUGAUCAAAUAGCGCUGUGGCAGACAACGGAAAUUCUUGAACUUCAUAAUUGACAAGAUUACUCCAAGUUUUUAAAAAAAAUGAGUGUACAUUCAAAUGUCAAUUUGGGAAUAGAGCUGGUUAUUGGCAUAUUCUCAAUCUUUGGAAAUGUUCUGGUAGUGUUAGCUGUGUGGAAGAACACUCCUCUUAGGACCAUUACGAAUACCUUCAUUGUAAGUCUUGCCGUGGCCGACCUGCUUGUCGGACUUGUGGCUGUACCCUGUGCCGUGGUCACAUUCUAUGGACACCCUUUGAACGAUUUCUACGGCUGCCUAAUUCUCAACUGCAUCGUUGUGAUUCUAACGCAGGGCUCCAUUUUCAGUUUGCUUGCAAUAGCAUUUGAGCGAUUUGUGGCUGUCAGACAUCCUUUGAGAUAUCAAGAAUGGUUCUCAAAUAAGACAGCAGGUAUUGCAAUUAUAGUGUUGUGGUUGGCAGCAGUUCUGAUUGGACUCGUACCAACAUUCGGCUGGCAUGGGACUCGAUAUAUCGAAGGUUCAUGCCAAUUCACAAUAGUCAUCGACAUGAAAUACAUGGUGUACUUCAACUUUUUUGGUUUCGUCCUCAUUCCUCUCGUUAUUCUCUUCUUCAUCUAUUUUUACAUUUUCUACGCAGUGAGAAAACAAUCUCAGAAAAUUGCCGCACUUGAAAUUGUGAAUGAUUCGCUUUCCCGCAACAAUGCCAAGAUGAAACGGAACAAAAAAGCUGCGAAAUCUUUAGCGGUGAUAGUAGUCAUAUUCGCAAUAUGCUGGUUGCCCCUGCACAUAUUGAAUACAUUGACUGUUGUUUGUCCUCAGACUUGCUCAUAUCCUUUUGAACUCCUCCUCUCAGCUAUAUACCUCAGUCACGCCAACUCGGCCAUUAACCCUCUCUUGUAUGCUCUUGGAAACUCAGGGUUUAGAAGGGCAUUCAAGAAACUUCUGUGCUGUUUUGGGAAGGAUAUCGAUGAGGCCAAUAUUUGGGUCUCAGCGACAAUUUAUGGCAAAGAAAACAUGGCAACAGCAGGUGCUCAAGCACAAGGUACCCCGGCAAAUGCUGUCCUAACAUCGUCAUCAAAUUAGGAGUACUGUGUGACCAUUCAGGAAGUAGAUAUAAUGAUGUCUAAAACCUCUCUAGAAUGAUAUGUACACAAAGUAGAACAAUAUUAAUCAUUGUUUGUACGUGGUUGGGAGUAGUUCUAAUAUCUGUGUCCCAUCACACCAAAAUGGCUGGUAAGUCACAUGACAGGCAUAUGGAGUAAUCCACAUGUUCAUAUAGCUAAGGCACACCACCAUAUUGUGAAUAGUGCGAAUAUCUCGUAGACAGUGCACAUAUCAGAUAGCAUAGGUUUAGAGACAAUGGGUGAUAUGAAUAAAGGCUAGCAAAUGCUUUUACUUCAAUUUUGUACAGAAAGGCCAAGUGUAAAUGUACAUGGAGUUUUAGAUAAAAUCAUUUACCACUCUUUAUUCAUAUCACCCAAUAUCUAUUUCACAUGAUUUGAUCGCGCACAAUUUUCCUCAAAGUCAUCAAUAUUUUGUUAUUUCAUCACAACGUCCCCACGAUACUGUUAUAUUACAUGCAAAUAAAUGUUUUAUUUUUCUA